AUGACAACGAUUAUAACAAAACGAACAACAAAUGUUCUAAAUGUUAAUAAUAUUAAUAAGCAACAAAGAUAUAUAUCACAAAGAUCCGACAAUGACCCAGGUUGGGAAGAAGAAGAACCAUCAUACUAUUACUUAUUUACUACUUAUUUAUCAUAUUUAAUACUGAUCUGUUUUGGACAUAUUCGUGAUUUCUUUGGAAAAAGGUUUAAAAAGAAAGAUUAUUGUCAUUUGGAAGAACGAAAUGGAUAUGCACCUUUGAAUUCAGAUUUUGAUAAUUUUUAUGUACGGAGAUUAAAAUUACGAAUUAAUGAUUGCUUUAAUCGCCCUGUUACUGGUGUACCUGGUAGAAAGAUUACAUUGCUUGAACGAGAAACAAAAGAUUACUGUAAAACUUUUCAAUUGACUGGUAAAACCAGAGAUUGUUUAAAUCUAAGUAGUUAUAAUUAUUUAGGAUUUGUUCAGAAUGAAGGCCCAUGUGCUGAUGCUGUUGAGAAAACAAUAAAAAAAUAUGGCAUCUCAUCUUGUAGCCCCAGAAUUGAAGUUGGUACAUCAGAUCUUCAUCUACGAAUAGAAUCAUUGGUUGCCAGAUUUGUUGGUAAAUCUGCUGCUAUGGUCAUAUCAAUGGGUUAUGCCACCAAUAGCACCACCUUGCCUGCUUUAGUAUCAAAAGGUUGUUUAAUCAUAUCUGACGAGUUGAAUCAUAAUUCAAUUGUGUUUGGUAGUCGUUUAUCUGGUGCCUUUGUCAGAGUUUUCAAACAUAAUAACAUGGAGGAUUUGGAAAAUUUAUUGAAAGAAUGUAUUAGUCAAGGUCAACCAAGGACUCAUCGACCUUGGAAAAAAAUUUUAUUGGUUGUUGAAGGUCUUUAUUCCAUGGAAGGUAGUGUAUGCAAUCUACCUAAAAUCAUCAAAUUAAAAAGAAAAUAUAAAUUUUAUUUGUAUAUUGAUGAGGCACAUAGUAUAGGAGCAUUGGGUCCAAGGGGCAGAGGUGUGUGUGAUUAUUAUGGGAUAAAUCCUGAUGAGGUGGACAUUUUAAUGGGAACAUUUACAAAAUCAUUUGGUGCUGGAGGUGGAUAUAUUGCAUCAUCAAAAGAGGUUAUUGAUAGUCUCCGAUUAAAAAAUCAUGCAUCAGUUUAUGCUGAAUCAAUAACUCCAGUGAUACUACAACAAGUCUAUACUUCAUUGUCAAUCAUCAUGGGUGAAGAUGGCACUAAUGAAGGCAAGGAGAGAUUGGAAAGAUUGGCCUUUAAUGCUAGAUAUUUGAGUGUGAAUUUGAGAAGAUUGGGUUUCAUCAUUUCUGGUGAUAUUGACUCACCAAUCAUCCCAUUGCUGCUAUUCAAUCCUGCCAAAAUGCCUGCUUUCUCAAGAGAAUGUCUAAAAAGAAAUAUUGCUAUAGUUGUUGUUGCAUAUCCUGCCACACCAAUGAUUUCAUCCAGAGCUAGAUUUUGUGUCUCUGCUGCCCAUACUAAACAAGAUUUAGAUGAAAUAUUGAAAACUUGUAAUGAAAUAGGUGAAAUCCUGCAACUUAAACUAUCAAAUAAUGUUAAACAAAAAUCAAUAGAAGAAGUUUUAAAACUUAAUAGCAUAUAA